AAAAUUAUCAUAAAUGACAUUUUAUUAUUAAUAAAGAAAUUGAUAUAUGUGUGUAUAAAAAAAAAAAAAGAUAAUAAUAAAAGGGAGUAUUGUUUGGUCUAAAAGUAGUCGCCUUGCAACGAAAAGGCUGACUCUAUGAAUAAACGCCUCCUCCUUCUUCUUCUUCAAGUGAUUGCUGUCAUGAUGAUAAUAAAAGAUGUAAAACAUGAUACAAAUAUAUAUAAAUGUCACAUGCACAAUAGUAGUAGUAUUCAUUAUUGUUUCGGUACCCAUUCCAUGAUAUACAUACAUACAUAUAUAUUUAUUUAUGUAUAUAUAUAUAUUACACUAUUGAAACUAGUAGUAGUAUGGCAUGAAUUAUUACUUUUUAUAUAUCUACAUAAUGAUAAUAAAUUAGAAACCUCUAAUAAUAAUGAAAAAGGACGAUUUUAAAUAGGAAAUUUAAAAUAGCAAUAAUCUCGGAAAAGUUAGUGUGUAACAGUUUAGGGCUCAGAUAGUUUAUUA